AUGGCAACAAACAUUUUACUCAAGGCCUCCAGCAGGAGGGAGGAAUUCAAGCAAGGCCUGCAGGUUCUUUUCAGGUUGUAUCGUACGUCCACUGAAGUCCAGGAUGGGGGUUUGAAAACCUUCGAAGAGCUUUUUAACAACGACAAGCAGCCAAAGGUCAAUAAUGAAGAAAUGAAAAAGCUCUAUACGCGUGUUACUGGUAAAGAAAUUCCAAAUACCGCUCAGUUUUGCUUUAUGCCUUUCAAGGAGCAGAGUAGUAUCAUUUAUGAGGGAUACGAUUCCAGCGCUGGAGAGUUCGGGGGCGAGUCUCCUCUUUCCAUGUCAACCCGAGAUGAGGUUGCUAAGAAGAUUAACAUCUACAUACGUGGAACCAAGUUUCUCCGCGACAUCACCAUCAGUACCGGCAACCCAACGCUAGGGCUGGUGGGAUGGAUGCUGGGGUUCAAGGACGGUGACCCCAUCUCGAUGGAUGCAUUUCUUAGAGACUUCAUUCAUCCCGGUCAUGGGGUAUCGGAAUUUCCAGGAAAGCUGAAGCUGUCAUUCGCCGAGAGCUUAAAAGCAGUGGAGACGUUCGUUGAUCCCAUCACGAAAGAUGUUCGAUCGUUGCCCUCAAUCAUGACCCAGCUUCUGGAGGAUUAUGAGACCUACAACGAAGGGGAUGACGUUGUCAUUUAUGGCCAUAGUAUGGGUGGUGGUAUCGCACAAAUAUUGGCGUAUAUUUUAGCAGCAGGACCAAAGAAGUUCAAAAGCAUCACGGUCAUUCUUGCAGGAUCGGUCAGAGUCCUCGACAAAAAGGCGGUCCAAUUCAUGAAGGAAAGGGGCGUUGAAGUCUUCAAUUUUGUAGCUCAGGGUGAUCCAGUGCCAAACUGGUGGGAUUUCGAAUUUGUUGAGCCUGGAGAACUCAUAUCGUUCAUCCCCAAUCAGGUUGAUUUCAGUAACGCGCUUAAACGCCACGAAUUACUAUCGUAUCUGGCGGUUAUGUAUAGCAAGGAUACCAUGAAGGCAUUGUUUCUUCCGUCCCAAAAUCCAGGAGGAAUCGAGAAGACUGAGGUCCAAAGCACGAACAAGGAGGACUUGACGAAAUAA